AUGUCCGGCGCGCUAGCCUCGGUCUGCCUCGACUUCCGCCCCGGCACCUACGCGCGCACGGGAGCACCCCUGGCCCCCGGCCCUCCUCCGCUCCCGGGCCUGGCGGCGGAGGUGCAGUCCGCGCUGCUGGCGGCGGUGGGCAGCGUCAGCGCGCGCGUUGUUCGUGGCGUGCUGCUCACGCGCUCCGGCUGCGAGGCGCGCGCGCGCUCCGCGGGCGGGCUCCAGGACCUUGUCCGCCUCCUGCCCAGCGACCUGUUUCGCACCGCCCUGGCGCGCCUGCUCCAGGUGUUGUUUGACGUGCUGGCCAGCCACCAGGCCAUGGUCGCAUGGCACGCAGCGGCGCUGCAGGCGCAGGAGGCGCUGGAGGCGGGGCGGGGAGAGGUUGUGGAGACGGCGGGGCCUGCGACGGCCGCCUGUGGGGCAGCAGAGACGGCGGGGGUGUUGAAGGGGGCGAUGGUGGGGACCCAGAGUCCGACCCAGGGCGAGCCGGCUAGGGCCAGCGCCGCCGUGCACCACCGACAGACACCACCCCGACCGCCGCGUGGCGGGCGCCGCAGUCCCGAAAACAAAGCGCGGUUCAGCGUCGCGGGCCCGGCGACGCUGGCGCUCCGUCGCGGCAGCUCGGCGCGGGAGGAAACCGAGGCCCGGGCACGCGACGAGGCGGAACGGUGUGCCGUCCUGCACGCCGUGCACGCUGGGCUGGUGGCGGGGCGGGGGCUGGUGUGGGACGAGGUGGCGCGCCACGUGGCCACGCUGCUGUCCAGUCCCGCCGCCUUUGAGGGCGAGCACUUCCUGCAGGUGAUGGACUGGAUGCAGCGCUUCGUGGCGGCAGGCGAGGCGUUCAGCGGGGUGGAAAGCCCCGCGCUGCGCUCCAUGCUGCAGCGUCAAUCCGGCAACUUCUUCGCCGCCUUCCACGCCAGCAACCUGGAGGCGCUGAGCAGCAUGCUGGAGAAGGAGAGCUGGACGCCGUUGCCCGUGGAGCUGCCGGGCCUGCUGACACGCUGCGCGCAUCUGGGCCGGCCAUCUUCCAGGGCCUGA